AUGGAGAAAAUCGAGUUUCGUGCAGUGAUUAAAUUCCUUACAAAGCAAGGAAAAACGCCUCAGAUCAUUAUGGAAGAGAUGUCAUCUGUUUACGGAGACCUUUGUCCUGGAAAAACGAUGAUUUACAAGUGGCAUAGCCUUUUCAAGCAAGGUAGAGAUUCGAUUGAAGACGAUCCGCGCUCUGGUCGGCCAAUUGAGGCAACGUCCUCAGACAAUGUUGAAAAAGUCGAAAAACUUGUUCUUGAAGAUGCUCGUCUAAAGAAAAAGCAAAUCGCAGAGAUGACUGGAGUAUCGUCUACGACUGUUUUGAACAUUCUCCAUGACCAUCUAGGCAUGUCUAAGGUCUGUGCAAGAUGGGUGCCGAGAAUGCUCACACCACUUCAAAAACAGCAGCGCGUCGAGUGUUCUCGCGAGUUUUUGGCCCUGUGUAGUGAGAACAGGGUUGAGUUUAUGGACCGAAUUAUGACUGGAGAUGCAACUUGGGUUCAUCACUAUGAACCUGAGUCAAAGCAGGAGUCCAUGCAGUGGCAUAAAAAAGGUGCAGCGCCGCCUAAGAAGUUUAAGGUCUCACAAUCGGCCGGAAAGAUUAUGGCUACAGUUUUUUGGGAUUCUGAGGGGAUUUUAAUGAUUGAUUAUAAAGAUAAAGGUGUCAAUAUCACUGGAAAAUACUACGCUACACUGCUAGAGAAAUUAAAAAAAAACAAUCAAGGAAAAACGAAGAGGAAAAUGGUCUCGAGGUGUGUUCCUUUUGCACGACAACGCCCCCCUUCACAAGAGUCAUGUUGCGAUGGCUGCCUUACAGAAAUGUGGCUUCGGAACUUUAAAUCACCCUCCCUAUAG